UCUCGCGGUGAGGUGUUGGUGGAGAGAGCAGAGAGGACGGAGGCUCACGGACGCAGGAGGACAUUUAGCUCUCCAGAAAUACCAGACAGGCGGAUAAGUUUGGUUCAGGAUGCGCCCUUAAUCCAGCGCACUUUCUUCCGACGGAGAAAACAAAACAAAAAAAAAACAAACAAACAAACAACCAGCACCGUUUCUGAUUCGAAGCUCCGCCGUUUUCCUAUUCCUGGAGAGCUGAUUCCUGGAGAUCAUCCAAACAUGAUCGAGAGAGGGCUGUUCGUUGUGGCUGUGCUGACCAACUGCGUUCUGUCAUUGCCAGUGACUUCAAGUCAGCUGGAGAAUGAAGACGUUAAGGUUAUGAAGUGUAUUGUGGAGGCUUUGGCUGAUGUGCUUUCAAGGCCUCACCCUGUGCCUGUCAGUCAGGAGUGUCUGACUACACUGAGAACAGAUGAUAGACUUGUGACUAUUCUCCGCCGUCGCAACUUUCUGAAGGAGCUGCAGGACAUUGCAGUUCAAGGAGGCCGUGAGAGAGCUCAGCUCCAGAAGGAGGUUGUAGAUCCGAAUGCCACUCCAGAGACGACCCAGAAUCCUUCUGAUCGAGCCAUGCUGGAGGCCUUAGGGGGCCAGGGUGAAAGGUCCAUCAUUUCUGAGAAAAGAACAGGAAAUGGGGAUGAAGACGGAGAAAAGAGUCAAAGCCUAAAACAUGGAGGCUCCGAGGAAGAAAAUGAUGCAACCAAGGAAGAGGAGAAGAGGGACAAAGACGAGAGCAGAGAGAGGCACCUCUCUGAGUCUGAAGAGUGGAGUAAGGAAAAGGCUGAGAAGAGGCAGGACGAAGAGGUGGAAGAAGAAGAAGAAGAGCUGAAUAAAGAGAAAAGGGGGAAUUCAGGAGAGGAAGCUAUGACGAAGAAUGAAAAAGGUGUUACAACUGAGGAAAAGCGAGAACAAUCCACACACAAACUAAAAAAGGAACAGUUGCAAGAUGGUGAUCAUGAGGAGAACGGAAAAGGAUCCUCAAUCUCCUCACACAAAAGAGAGGGGGAAGAUAAGGAGGUGGAGACGAAGAGAGGGAGCAAAGACAACCUGACACGAUGGAGCAAAAGAGGCAAAGGUUUACAGCUGAAGAAGAAUGGUGAGGGGGAGGCGGCGCAGAGGGACAGCAGUCCACAGGAAGUGCUGCAUCAUUCUAAGGAGGUCUCAGCAAACGAGGAGGAAGAGAAGAAGAAAAAGAGAGACACCAAGAGGAGCCCAGAGGAGAAGGAGCUGCAGAUGAUCGCUGGAAGAGCCCCCGAGGAGAGAAGUCUGGAGGAAGAGGGCAGCGCUAGCAGGAAGUCAGAGGAACCUGAGAUUGAAAGCCUGGCAGCCAUCGAAUCAGAGCUGGAAAACGUUGCCCAGAAACUCCACGAGCUGCGACGGGGCUGAGAACCAGAGAUAGAGAGAGAAAAAAGGAGAGAUUGGCUGACACCGCAAUCUUCUCUGCCUCCUCCUUCUUCACCUCCUCCUCCUCCCACGCUUCACCACCUGCCUGGUUUCCACAGAUAGAGCGUGUGAAUAUGUGACAAGUUUUUAUCUUUCACUUUCUCUCGAGGAUGUCCACACUGCUGCAGCGUCCCUCGCUUCCACCACAUACAUAGAGUAGCGAAACAUGUGCAAACGCACCAGUUCUCUGCAUUAGAACAGAUCCAACAUGGCUCCCGAAAGAAAAAAUGAAAUUAUUUUGUUAGUGAAUGUUGACUGUUUUUUUUUUCUCCGUUUUCUCUGACAAUCAUCUCUGUCCUUCAACAGAUUUAUCCUGUCUGCUUUGUAAAUGAUCUAAACACUGCUGUCUGAUUUAGGGGGGGAAAA